UGUCUCGUCAUUUGCGGUAAAGUUCUGUUUUACGACAGUCCUAAAUGUCAGGGAAAGCAGCACAGGUUCAGCCGGUGGUGCUGUGAUAUUAGAGGUCAUACAUUUUCAAAAACAAGGAAAGCGAAGCUGCCAGAGCUGAUGCAAGACGUUUGGGGUCAAUCUCCGCCUGCUUUCAAUUUCAGUUUGACACAUCAAGGAAACCCAGGAUGUCUGGAGAGUUGUCCCUCAGCAUAAACAUCAAGGAGCCAAGAUGGGACCAAGGCACAUUUAUGGGGCGUGCCAAACACUUCUUCAUGAUCACAGAUCCCAGGAACGUCCUGCUGUCCUCUGAGACUCUGGAAGAGGCCCGAGUGAUCGUGGAGAACUACAGAGCUGGGAACGUGAAACCUGGCCUGACAGAGGAUGAGCUGUGGAGGGCCAAGUACAUCUACGACUCCGCCUUCCACCCCGACACUGGGGAGAAGAUGUUUGUGAUUGGCCGGAUGUCUGCUCAGGUGCCAAUGAACAUGUCCAUCACAGGCUGCAUGCUCACCUUCUACAGGACUACUCCGGCAGUGGUGUUCUGGCAGUGGGUUAACCAGUCAUUCAACGCUGUCGUCAACUACACCAACCGCAGCGGGGAUGCUCCCAUUACCGUGAAUCAGCUUGGUGUAGCCUAUGUUAGUGCCACUACUGGAGCUGUAGUCACUGCCCUCGGACUCAAGUCUCUGGCUACGCGUCUCCCUCCAAUCGUCAGCCGGUUUGUCCCCUUUGCUGCUGUUGCUGCUGCUAACUGUAUCAACAUUCCCUUCAUGAGACAGAGGGAGUUGAAGUAUGGUAUCCCUGUGACUGACGAGAAUGGGAACAGGUUAGGAGAGUCUGCCUUGGCUGCAAAGCAGGCCAUCAUGCAGGUGGUGGUGUCGAGGAUUGGCAUGGCAGUGCCGGCGAUGGCCAUUCCACCUGUUAUAAUGAAUGCUCUGGAGCAGAGAGCUUUCAUGAAGCGAUUCCCAAUUCUAAACGCUCCGGUCCAAGUGGGGCUUGUCGGUCUGUGCCUGGUGUUUGCAACGCCUCUGUGCUGCGCCCUCUUCCCACAGAAAAGCUCUAUGAGUGUGAGCAGGCUGGAAGCAGAUCUGCAGGAGAGGAUACGACAGACCAGUCCUAACACCACCACUGUCUACUUCAACAAAGGCCUGUAGGACCAGCCAGCACAUCUCACUGCACACAACAUACAGACGAGUGUCUACAUACUCAUAUAUACAAAUCUGGUGUUGUGUGGCCACAUGUGGGAAGGCAAAAAAAUUUUUUUCUGUUGUUAUGUGUACUGCUACAUUUUUUUUUUAUUUGAUUGCAUGGAGUUGCUUCAAGUGUAAGAGUAGAGGAUUAAGUGUUGGGAAAACAAAACACUUUGAGAAGGAAGAUUACUGACAGUUCAUUCUCUCAGCUGGUGCUCCUUAAAAAAGAAAAACAGACUCCUGAGUUGUUUUUUUUUCUUUUUUUUUUGAUUUUUGUUUUUUUAUUAUUAUUUCGUGGUGUGUUUUCCGUCUUCCUUUAUUCAAAACUACCUACAGGGUGGCAAAUUCAUGAAGUUUUGUGUUUCACUCCCCAAUAUUAUUCAUGUUGCAUUCAGGUUCAUGUCAGUUUUAAGUCCUAAAUUAUUUCCAGUUUAGAAUGAAGGCUCGUGCUCGUAAGUGGUGUCUGUAUUUGCAUCCGAAUGUAAUCUUUUUUGCCUUGUGUCCCCUCCCAACCACCACCACUUACAGCUCCUUUUUCUUGUGUAGUGACCGUUAAAUUACUCCAUUAUACUCCAGUUCAGUAUUUCAAACUAGUAUACACUUGUUGUAGUGUGUUACGUUUUUUUCCCACCGUACAGUAAUACUGGAAAAACCAGUGUGUUAAUUAGCUCAGCCAGUUCAGCAAUUGAAAAAUAGCUUCUUUUGUUGUAUUUCUUUUUAACAGGUGCAACUUCUCACUCUCUUCAUCUCUCCUGUAAGUGUACUUAUGCCCCUUCCUGUUCAUAGACCUGGUUAUGAGGUACUAGAUACAUGUGGCAAAGAAAGAAAAUAUGUAAAAGAAUUAUAUUGCAAAAGCUCACAAACCACAGUCUUAGCUUACAUCAGUGAACACUGGUGAGGGUGACUUAGUGGUUUCCCAUUUUGUUGUUGUUUUUUUAAUGCCUUUAAUCAUAUGAAAUCACUCUCUGAACUUGUGCUGUGGCAUAUUAAUUGAAUUCGUGGUUCACGUGGUCGUACUUGUUUGGUGGCUUUUGUCAGGUGGAGGAACAUACUGUGUGGUGUCUACAUGUUGUUGCUAAGAGGAAACGCUGUGAAUACCAUGGACAUUCAUGUGUUUGGAUAUGCAGAGAUAUGCAAAGGAGGCACAAUAACGUAUCGCUGUCGUCAUGUGAAAGUUUUGUAACACAGAUUUUGUUGGAUGUGAAGCACUCACUUUAAUUAAAGGACUGAAUGAGCAUGCUGGGAGAAGUCAAAGCUGCUUCAUUUCAGUUCCUUAAAGUUUGAGAUACAGCGUUUUCAUUUGCAGCAGCUAACUAUAAUGUUGCAUGACAGAAAUGCGCGCACAGUCUUUGUUGUUGCAUCGUUAAAGUGGACAGUUCGGCUGAGAUUGUGCUUUUCUGAUAAACUCCAUUCACAUCGUCAAUCCCAAGCUCAGUAGCGUUGGUAUACGUGAGGAAGUAUCGGCUGAAUUUCACACGAUGUCGUGUGUCUUGAUGAUGUAAGACUAAGUAUAUUUUUAUUGGAUAUAUUUAUAUGAUGCACAAUAUAUAGAACACAUAUGCAUGAGGGAAUUUAGAGAGUUUAACUUGAAGGUGUGCCUCCGGUAAUGAAUCCACCAGAUGGCCCCACAUAUGCAUCAGAAAACAAUGUCAGCUGCUUAUGUAACAGGAAUUAGGGAGGUGUGGUGCAAACGAGUGAAUGCACCUCUGGCUUUAGGGCUAAUGACUUCUCAGACUGGAGGAGUUUUCCUCUAGUCUGACUGCAUAUAGUGAACACAGUCAGUUAUGUUUCGGUGUUUAUGUGAAAUAAUGUUCGGUGUGUGUGUGUGUGUGUGUGUCGGUCACUUGAGUCAUCUCUCCAUCGAGGAUCUGUAGACACUGGAGUGAAGUUGUACAAUCUAACAUUUAAAGGAAAGUGACUGUGAGUGUUAAUGGACUGCAACAGCUGCACAAAGGUUGCAUUUUUAUGAAUCAACUUCUGUACAGACAGAAAUACGCAACGACUGUGUUUAUUAAAAUUGAAGGGUUUCAUUCCAAAGUGCUAUUCAGAUCAUUUUUGAAAAAUGUUGCCACCUGAAAUUUACCUCUCACAUGGAUGGAUAUGAGAGACAACAUUUUGAUAUGGCUCCUUCCUUCUGCAUGAAAAUGUGGAUGUCUUUGUAUUAUUUUUAAAUGAUGGAUAUCUAAUUUUGGAAUGACACUCUUCUUUCAAUUAUCUCUCUAUUGCUAUUUAUUGUAUGUUGUGCUUGGGAUGUUUUCCUGCUGAGGUUCAAACUGCACUAUAUAAUCUUUUGCUGUGCUACUGUAGGAGCUGGCUGGAGCUUGUUUGUUGCUAUUUAAAAGAAGCCUUUUGAAGUGAAUAUAAAAGAUUGUAUUUGUGUAUGAUGCAGAAUAAUGUUAAAUGAACUAUGGUCAUGUUACUGCUAAUUCAUAAUUCAUUGAUUGUCUGACAGCUUUCGUUGUGCAAAACCAGGUAGAUUAAUUUCAGCUUUUUUUCCUUUUGUGUUUUAUCUCUUUGAGUUGUGGCACAAAGGUUUCAAGAACAAAACUGGAGGGUUUCAGGUGGCAUUUUAACACAUUUGUUAACAUGUAUCUCAGCUUGCGACAGUACUGUACCACCAUAACAUGUUGCACCCAUAGAUUUAGCCAAAGAUGAGACGGGUAUGAAUUGUACAGGACUGGGGAGAAGAAGUGUGUUGCUUUUCAUUUCAGCUUUAUCAUAUGGACCUUUUGCCAGGCUUUCCUCAUGUAGUUGUUUUUUUUUGUUUGUUUGUUUUUAACACUCAACAGCACACCAAAUUUUUUCAAGAAUGUGACAAAAUAUUGACAUUAACACACAGAUAACAUAUUGAAGGUAAAUCCCAACAUUUUAGUUAAGUUAAACUUGACACCAGGGGAAUCUGAUGCUCUUGUUGAAAACUCGCUAAUGUACACAUGUAUAAUGUAUGUAAAGACAGUCUCUGUUAUUGUAACACUCCAUUGAUGUUGGUUAUUUCACGUACAUGUAACAUACAUACAGGCAGUCCUGUCAGCAUUGGUGCACAGUGUUUUCUCCCCCUAUUUUGUAUUGUGUCGAAAUAUAUUUCCUUGAUGUGAAAUGUAUUUUACUCAGCAAUAGAGCAAUAGAAUUAAAUAUGUAACAGUAACAACCAAA